AAUCAACAGAGUUCUCCUGUGGUAGUUAAUACUUAGUUUACUUCUAUACUUACUCCAUCAUAUAUAAUCUCGUUAGAUCGACAGUGAACACAUAUCCAAUACUUUCCAAAUCGAUUUCGAAUAUUUUCAGUGUUGAUUCAAUCAAUUUUAUUCUUACAUUACUUGACAGUGAUUAAUAUUUGAUCAAGUCAUUCAGAAAUCGAUCAAAAUAUUUAUAGUUACUCAAUAGUUAUUUCUCAAGAAUUUAUAAUUUGAUAAUAUUACUACUGAGUAGAUUUUGAGUUGUAUUAUACAGUAGUGAAACAUGGGACGAUUCAGAUACCACGACACUAAUGAAUGCUUCGAAACUGCACUGUCUAAAGUGAAACUGGCUGCUAGGGUUGUGAUGGAAGGCUUCAACGCCAACAAAAACGUGGAGAUGAAGCAGGAGAAGAGCUGGGACCUGGUGACCGAAUUCGACAAGAGAGUUGAACACAUUCUCAUCUCAGAACUGUCCAAAGUCUACCCUGACCACAAGUUCAUAGGCGAGGAAACCACCACCCUCCACCUACCCUCUCUACUGACAGACGAUCCCACCUGGCUGAUCGACCCCAUAGACGGCACCACCAACUUCGUGCACGCGUGUCCGCACGCGUGCAUUUCGCUUGCACUGAGCGUGCGCAAGCAACUGGUGCUCGGCAUAGUCUACAACCCCCAUGCUAAUCAGCUGUUCACUGCCAAGCGCGGGUGUGGCGCCUACCUCAACGGCAAACCUAUCCGCGCCAGCAACUGCCAAGACAUUUCAGAAGCACUGGUCGGCUACGAGAUUUCAAUGGCCAGAGACAAAGAGAUCAGAGACCAGUUGCUAUCUCGCUUCACAUCCUGUCUAACCAAGGCUCAGGGAAUGAGAACACUCGGCUCUGCAGCCCUAUCACUGUGCUACGUGGCAAUGGGGGCCUGGGACGCCUACCAGGUGGACUACCUCUACUGUUGGGACUACUCGGCGGGGGCGCUCAUCAUCCAGGAAGCCGGAGGAGUCGUUAUCGACACUAAUGGUGGAGAAUUCGAGAUAAUGAACAGGCGGAUUCUAACAGCUGGCACAAAACAGCUGGCAGAUCAGCUGGUCAACAUUGUCAAAAAGGCCGAUCAGCUGCUCAAAACUAACAAAACCAGCAUCACCUCAUAAAAAUAAGCUCCAGUAUUAUUGAGAUAGUUUAGCAUUGAAGAUAGGCACUGAUUAUUUAUAUAAAUAGGUUAGAUGAGCUAGUAAAUUAACUGAUAAAGACUGUUAUUUACUUGUAAAUCCAUUCAAUGUACUUGAAAUUAGAACUGUUAGACCCGGUCUCACAAAAGCCUGUUGAAUUUUAACCGUAAUUAAAUGCGAAGAGUACCAAUCAGUGAAAGCUUCUCUGAUCGAUUCUCUCUGCAUUAAAUCACGGUUAAAAUUUAACAGGCUUUUGUGCAACCGGGCAUUAGAAUUGGAACAGUUUUGAACUUUAGCCUUUGGUACUUUUCUAGAACUUUUGUAAUUCUGAAUUGGAAAUUAGAAAGAACUUGUUAGGACAUUGGAAGCUCUCACUUUAGUUGGUUGAGUAUUAUUAUAGAGUAGUUAAUUUAGGACUAUAAAGAUACUAAUUUGAAUAUUUGUUCAACUCUUACUUCAUUGAGAACAUUCACUUUAGUUAGUUAAGUAUCGUUAAAAAUUAUUUAAUACAGGACUAUAAAGCUGGGUUUAAACCAAAGAUAUUAACAAAACGUUAAUAAAAAUCAAAUCAAAUUUAUUUCCAUUCAAAAACAGUUAACAAACAUAAAUAUAAAUUACAUUUUAUGGAAAGAUUUGCAUCCGCAAAGAAAGAAUCUUAAUACUUAUAGAUUCUAUUGGAUUAAACGGAACUUGACAAACACAUAUGUUCAUCAUGUGUAUGAUAAGUUAUGUUCAAUCUGGUACAAUCUAUAAGGAUUAAGUUAUUAACAUUUUGUUAAUAACUUUGGUGUAAACGCAGCUUAAGUAUACUUAAAUAAUAUUUAAUACAGGAUACUCAUUUGAAUAUUUCAUCAACUCUUAGUUCAUUUAGCAUUUAGUAUUCUAUCAUUGUUAUGUUUAAGGACUAUGUAAAUAUAAUAAAAAUAUCAUAUGAUAAUAUAAUAAAAAAUAUUUAUACGAAAAAA